AUGGAGCAGUUACCUGACGACAUGCUGGCCAAUGUCCUGGGCCGCCUCCCUCCCAGCAGCCUAGCGGCGUCACGCUGUGUCCGCAAGCACUGGUGCUCCAUCAUCGACGCCCGACGCCUCCUGCGCGCCGACCUCCUCCCUCUUCGCGUCGAGGCUUUCUUCUGCAACAGCUACUUCAUAUUCAAUCGCACGUUCCUCUUCGCACGCCCCACGGCGGCGAUCCGAAUCCCCGGCGGCCACCUUGACUUCUUCGACGACGAUGACGUCUCUCCGAUAGCCAUGGAUCACUGCAAUGGUCUCCUCUUGCAUUACGACAUGGUGGUUAACCCUGCCACACGACAAUGGGCCACCUGGCCUCCCGUACCACAACACCUGGAUGACUUGUCUCCGUCGUAUAGCCGCCACUGCUUUGCCCUUGUAUACGAUCCCAUGGUAUCGCCUAAUCACUAUGAGGUGUUUCUUAUCACCUUACCUGGUUCUGGUUAUGUUUACAACCACAACGAUGGUAGCAGAAGUCGUAUCUUCGAAGACGACGACUUUCAGCAAGAAUGGCCGCCAUCGUCAUACACUGUGUAUGUCUUCUCCUCCUCCACCAAAGAAUGGAGGUGGGAGGAGAGGUCCUUUGUUCGCCGCCAAGGAGGGGAGGCUGUUGGGACCAUCGCCGAUAUGCAUAUCGACGAAUCCAGCAGUAAACACAAGACGGUCUAUUUCCGGAGAUCACUUUAUGUGCAUUGUCCAAAUGAUUCCAUCAUGAGACUAUCUUUGUCCGAUGACAAGUACCAAAUGAUUAAACCACCGCCAGCAGCAGGGAGCAAAACUAAAACUAGUUGUCAUUGCGAUGCUUCUUCUUAUUUAGGAAAAUCAGAGAAAGGGGUAUACUAUGCGAUCCUUGAUUUGGAUGGCCCCCAAUUUCAAGUUUGGUUGCUCACUGAAUUUUCUGGUCAGAGUCAGACAGAGUGGGUGCUCAAGUGUAACGUCAGCCUUCUAGCAACGCUGAAUUUCGCCCGUCAUAUUAAUGCUGAAUACGGCGUCGACGGACCAUGGAUCCUUAACUACGAGGAGAAGGAAGCACAACCUACUGCACAAGAGGAGGAGUUUGCUGAAUGGGACUUUGAUAAUGCUGUUACCGUCCUUGAAACCGAGACCAAUGACAAGACGGGCUUUCUUCGACCUGGAGAACGGCAACCAGGAGCUCAAGAGCGACCUCAAGGACCUGUACAUCAACCAUGCGUGACACAGGAAUCCUACUAUUUGCUGAAGCUCGGUUUUUACUCGGGCGAGGAAGACAUGGAGUACUCUACUUUCUCAUCUGGCACCGAACGAGCUGUCAAGACAUGGCAGGCAACGGUAGGAACUUCAGAGAACGGAGUCAUGACGUCGGAGCUACUUGAGAGGCUAUUCUCAGGGAAGACCGGGGAAGAUGCGAAAAUGGAAGAAGAGCUGCUUGUAAACUAA